AUGACGAGGUAUGAAAAUUCGUCACAUAUUGCCUGGCGCCAGGAGCCGGUAGACGAUAUUGCUUUUAUGACGCUUAGAGCGGCGAGCGCGGUGGGCGGCGAGCGGCGCGCGCGGGGGCAGCGGGAUCUGGACGACCGGCGUUGGGCAGGAUCCAGGUGGAGCUGCCUCUCCCUCUCCCUAGGUCAGGGCGUGGUUGUCUGGGUGGAGGCCACACGAGCUGCGCUGCCCGCAGGCCGCCUGAAGGAGCGCGAAUCUCCGGUGACCGCCACAACGAAAUCAGGGAUCAUGUCGCAGGCCUCAUCAUCAACUGUGCGUAGUAGGCGCCAAAGCGCAGCUAGAGAUGUUGUAGAACCCAGGCCCCUUGCUAUUGUUGCUGCAGGCAGUUUGCCGAUUGGCGUCGAUCUGGAGGCGCCGAUCGAUGAAGUGACUAGAUUGCCGUUGAUAGUGUGCCCAACUUGCAAGGAUGUGAGAGUGUUUGCUGCUAAUACCAAGAACGGGAGUAAUGUUGGAAAGAGAUUUUUCAAGUGUCCUAGGAAGAACUAUAAUAAUGGGACAUGUGAUAGGUUUUGGUUCGAGAAAGAAUAUGUGGUGUACCUUCACGAUAAUGGACAUCUACCAUCAGCAUCCUCCACCAUUGCAGCAGGUUCGACAACCGAGGUUCCUGAGCUUGUGAAAAAAAUUGACAGCUUGGAGCAAAAUCUGAACAAGGUGCAAGAAAUGGUUAGCAAGAACAGAGAAGGCAUGGGAUGCUUCAUUUGUCUCGUGUGUGGAUGUGUGAAUGUAACAAUAGUCCUGCUGGUUGCCAUCUUCUUAGUUGUAGCUUUUGUGCUGAAGUAG